AGUGCAAGUGUGAUAUCACUUGUAUUGUCUGGUAUUGUGAUAUGCAUUGUUUUUCUUUUAUUGUUUGUAUCGCAAGUUAUGUGCCGUUGAAUCAUCGUGGUUCAAUUGCCGCGGUUGUAUCUGUCUGCGCUUAAAGGCGGCGACGAUCGUCUGCUUCGGCGUGAAGAAUUAACAACAGAAAACUAACCGGAGCUGUCAAAACGGUGUAUUGUGUUCUUCGUUCGCCAACUUCAAUCGUUUUUCCUUGAAACCUUGUAAAACUACAAAUUUUGACGGAUUAAUUCGCCUGAAAUCUACGAUGCCAAGUUCACAUUUAUAUGCCAUUAACAAUGAGGGAAGAGUAUUUGGUCUUUCAACAUCUGGAAAUAUGUGGAGAGAAUUCAUGUACUUGGGACUUGAGUUCAAACAGCUAUCUGCAGUCCCAUAUUUUAUGUGGGCCAUUGGUGGUGAUCGACAGGUUUACGUUCAUGUUCAUGGCUUAGAUAUCCCAAUUCGCAUCAAAGAAGAAACCUAUGAAAACGAACGCUGGCUACCUUUGGAAGGUUUCAGUGGCAGACUUUUACCCACAGACAGGUACAAUUUUUCAAGUCAAGAUGGAUCUGUAGACCGUAGUCGUGAUAAAGUUAAAUUGCCAUCAAUGGCCUGGCAGUGGGAAGGUGAUUGGCAUAUUGAGACUACUCUUGAUGGUCAGCCACUAGACCAUGAUGGCUGGACAUACGCUGUAGAUUUCCCUGCUACAUAUUCAACAAAAAAACAAUGGAAAUCUUGUGUUAGAAGACGGAAAUGGGUUCGAUAUCGGAGAUAUAGUGCCAUGAAUUCAUGGUGUGCCAUAGCGCCCUUGCACAAGGAUGCAACUAAAGAACCAUUUGUCGAUGUAGCUGUCGGUGGUAAUCAAAUUCUGGGUGGGCAUUCUGGAUGCAUGUGUGUUUGGGCUGUAACAGCACAUGGAAGGAUAAUGUUCAGAGUUGGAGUCAGUACAACAUCACCAGAAGGGCAGCGGUGGAGUGCUAUUAAAAUGGCUAAUGGCUACGAGGCUAGUCAGGUUAGCGUUGGACCAACUGGAUUGGCUUGGGUGGUCUUAACUAAUGGUAAAGCAUUAGUCCGCACUGGAGUGGGAAGAGAAAAUCUAAUGGGCGAUAGCUGGGCAGAAGUGGAACCGCCGAAUGAUAAUCUACGGCUCACUCAAGUAGGCGUGGGGAUAGAUUCUGUUUGGGCUGUUACUCAUGAUGGUAGUGUUUGGUUUAGAAAAGGUGUAAGCGGUCGUCAAACAAACGUGAUCUGUGAACAGAUGGCUACGGGUACCGGAUGGGUUGAUAUGCUAAGUAAAAUGGCAUUAGUUUCAGUUUCACCAGAUGAUCAGGUUUGGGCAAUUGGUCAUGACGAUCGGUGCUUGUAUUACCGAACUGGCAUCCGAGGCUCAGAUAGAACUGGAAAAAGAUGGAGAAUGAUAAACGCACCUCUCCAGCUCAGCAGAGCGAGCAGUAACGCUAGUCUUUCAUCCAGUAAUCGUCACAGUGUUUGCGGUACUCCGCAACAGCAUCGUCAUCAAAGUUGGGGAUCCUUGUCCCGUCCACACAGCACCGGCGAUGGAGCAGCUUUAUUCAGAGAUUGGGAAGAACAAUCUCGAUCUGCGCCUACUCCAACAUCACUCAAAUUAUUACAACGAACUAGCGAUGGUACUUCCACUAAUAAUUUGCAACAGACAUCAUCCCAGGAAUCAUAUCUCAAUGAAAAUAGAAAUCGCUCAUCGAAUUCAGUCAAUGCAACUGAUCUGACUGAAGCUAGUGUUGCCAGUAUAACUAUAUCUAAUGAGUCAUUGAGUAAAGGCGGUGAAUCGAUUGUCGUUUCUGGCAAAGGAAUGAGCAGUACUGUUAAGGUGAAUCCAGCUGCUUGGAGUCCAGUACAUUCCGUAGGAUCAAUGGUAGGUGUAGAAGCGCACCCUGAAACUGAUGGUAGCGUAUUUGAUCCUGAUUUAACUGGAGACUCGGGUGUUUAUGGUGAGGAUGAAAGUACAGCGGCAAUGUAUUGGGCUGAAUGUGACGUUUUAUGGUGCAAGAUCCAAGCUGGAGCCUGUUUCAUAGAUGCAACUAACCCUCCAAAAUGGAUGGUAGAAGGUAAUGGUUUAACUUGUGGUGAAUUGGCCGAACCAUGGAGGGAACAUAUUUUAUGCAAUUUGAAGAGACGACUUAAAGAUCUGGAUGCAAAUAUUACGUCAUAUGAAAAAGCAAUUGAAAUGUCAUCCUGUGUGAAGAAUGGCGACGCACGUUGCCAGUUGAAAAGUGGCAAGCCGUAUGAAGAUUGUGUAAUUGAGUUGGAAUGGAUUAGCAAUACAAGUGGCUAUGUAGAUUCUGGAACACUUACUAUCUUGAACACAGGCGGUGCAACAACCAUGAUUCAAUUUCCAAUAUCAGAAAUAGUAUGUGUUGUAUGCUGUAGCGAACCAGGAAGUCCGAGACUUGCAAUACACACACCUAAUUUGUCUCGGUCGAAAAUUUUGAGGCUGCAGUUUGCUAGUGAUACAGAAAUGGAAGAUUGGAUAGAAAAUCUUACUACAGUCUCGUGCCAAAUAAACAAUCUUCAUGGGAAGCCAGGCCCAAAUUCAAUUUGGGCCACAACUGCUCUAGGUGAUGUUUUCGUCUAUGAUACGGAAAUUGCGGAGGCAAGCCAGUGCGUCGAUGGUGUAUACACUCAGGAAUUACAUGAAUCUGGAAGACAAUUACCUUUUGAAAGCAUUCUGCAUAACGGAUUUGGACCUGGCAGUUCGCUUCACCUAUCACUUUGUCUUUAUGAUGACGCUGACAGGUUGUCGUUGAAUUUUGUCUGCUACACGACAAUGUUGACAAAGCAAAAGAGAGCUGCAGAAGGACACGAUAUAGCACUCCAUUUCAAUCCUCGAUUGAGUGAUAACCUGAUCGUUAGAAACACAUACCAGUCUGGUCAAUGGGGAGAUGAAGAAAGAGUAGGUGAAAGUCCACUAAAGGCAGGAUCCGAUUACACCCUGAAAUUCAUCUGUGAAGAUAGAGGCUAUAGAAUUUUUAUCAACGACAUCGAAUAUACUUUCUAUAGUCACAGGAUACCACCACAAAAUAUCACCCAUCUACGUAUUAAAGGACUAAUGACUUUGGGCAGUGUGUGUUACAAAACAACAUCCAUGAUUAUCGAACCAAUAAGAAUAUUUUGGAGACAAAUGGGGGGACAUCUGAGGAGAGUUGAAACUUGUAGUGUCGGAGUUACAUGGGGCAUUGGGUAUGAUAACACAGCCUGGGUAUAUACCGGAGGUUGGGGAGGCAAUUUUCUAAAAGGUUUAGGCAGUAACAACACCGGUAUAAAUUCAAUGGUAGAUACACACAACUAUUUUGUUUAUGAAAAUCAACGAUGGAAUCCUUUAACUGGAUACACUUCUCACGGAUUACCUACAGAUCGUUAUAUGUGGAGCGAUGUAACAGGUCGUCACAAACGCACCAGAGAACAUACGAAAACUCUUUCCAUGCACUGGCAAUGGGUUUCAGAUUGGAUUAUAGACUUUCACACACCUGGUGGCGUUGACAGGGAUGGAUGGCAAUAUGCCAUGGAUUUCCCAGCCCAAUAUCACGGACGUAAACAGUUCACAGAUUAUGUGAGAAGGCGCAGGUGGUUCAGACGUUGUCAGUUAAAAACUACAGGGCCAUGGCAGGAAUUGGGAAACACGAAGAUUCUUGAUGUUUCGUUAUUUACGACAUGUAAACCGGGCGAGAAUGAUGUUAUACAUGUUUGGGCUGUUGCUGGGAAUGGAGAAGCAGUUUAUAGACGAGGUGUUUCGGAAUCAUCUCCAUUGGGAGUUUCUUGGGAACAUAUACCUAGUGACCAACCAUUAGUUAGCAUCAGUUGUGGACCAAAUGGUCAGGUUUGGGCAGUUGGUAAAAAUGGUACAUCUUACUGGAGGUUUGGAAUAAAUAGUAAUAAACCAACAGGUGAAACAUGGCAGAAUGUGGAACCGCCAUCUGGAGCACAGUUGAAACAAAUUUCGGUAGGACAAGAUACGGUAUGGGCAUUAGAUACGACUGGUCGAUUGUCAGUUCGUCGAGAAGUUAAGGCAAACAUCUUUCCAGAGGGAACAUACUGGCAAACAUUACCAGCCAUGCCUAAUGAUCCAAUCCAUAUCGGUGCGGACAUACCAUAUUCAAUCACUUUAUUAGCUUCUUUUGCUUCUCAUGAGGUCAUCGAAUGUUUGUCGAACAUCUAUUUUGGAAUGCAACAAAAGACAAAUGUAGAGAACGAUAACUUAGCUGAAAAUUGUUGUCCAUUCUACGCAGAUACUUCUGUACCAACUGCAAAGCAAGGUUUUCGACAUAUUUCUGUGGGAAAAGAAAAUGGUCAGGUAUGGGCAGUAUCUGGUGCUGGCAUCGUUUGUCGAAGAAUCGGCAUAACUGAUGAGAAUCCGGCUGGAACUGGGUGGACAACUGGUAUUGGCGCUAACUGGCAGCAAAUAAGUGCAGGGGGCCUCGUUAACCGGAUAAAAUAACGUAAGUUCGCUAUUUCCGAAAGAGGAAUAUUUUAAUAAUUGUAAAUUAUUAUUGAAUUCCAUCACAAAUGAUUCAGUGUGGUCAGUGGUGAGAAAAACAUGCACACAUGGCGAGAGAUGCGAUUGAUUAUUCACAGAAUAAAUGUACAAUACUCCUACCGAUAGAGUUAUCUCAUACAUAUACCAUAGCUAGCAAAGAUAUGCGCUAUUUUUGUCAGUAAUCCAAUGUUGUGGAAAAGAAUUUUUUGAUCAGACUCUUGCCAACUGUGGAAUUUGCGUUUGACUCAUUGCUAAGCUUAUUAUUAGAUCAAUCCCAGUAUCAAAUUAGCCAUACACUUUUGCAUUGAGAUUGGAGAAAUCAUAACGAAGUCGAUUGUCCGUGAUUUUGAAGAAGUCUGCAUAAUUUUUGAUCAAAGUUUUGACUUAAAGAUUAAUAAAUACUUCCAUUCCUGCGGUAAUGAGAUUAUGUGUGUUUAUUUGUUUGCGAAAGUAAUUGUCUACUAAUUGUGAUAAAGAUGGAAGAUAUUUUUACGCUCAUUGUAUCAACCAUCAGAUUUUAUUACAUCUAUUGGUAUUAUAAUAUAGCUAUUGUAAAUUAUACUUUUCAUAUGCCAUAGUAUUGAAAGUGAUUUUGUUUCGUAUUUAUAAUUCAAAUGAGUGAUUUGAAUACAUUUUUGUAGUCUAAUUUUGAUACUAAAUAAUUUGAAAGUAAUUUAAUUGUUAACUUUUCAGUUCUUAACGAAUAUAUUUUUUUCGUUGUAUGCUUUCAUACACCAAAUAUCAAUUGCUUCCUGACGAUUUAUGUCCAUUGGCUCUUCUAUUCUUAUCGUACAAUACCGACAUAACAAUAUGUCCUGUACCGAAUAAUGUUAUCUUUCUGAUCCGAAUUUUUUUCCACUACUGAGAGCUGGAUGUAACUCACACAAUAAGUUUGAAAAAUCCUGUUUUGAGCGAUAUUUUUAGAAUUUUGACUCGCAAUUAUGAGUUGAAUAUUACAAAAAUAUUUUAACAUAAGUUCAUCCUUGAUUGAAUGAAUCAGUAUCACUGUGACCAUAAGAUACCAUGUCUAUGGGUCGUUAUUUAAAUAAAGCAAACUAUAAUAAUUAA